AUGGCCCCCCCACCCCCCGCCAGGGGGUACCUACUGGGUACCCUCAGCAAGACGUCUGAGGGUACCCAAUUCAGAGCAGUUUACGGCCUUCAGUGUCGAAAUAUUCUAGGCUCUCGGGCCUGCAUCGGCCGCAAAUUUGCAACUGUAGAGGCAAUCUGUUUCUUGACGCGUUUCAUAAGAGACUGGAAGGUGGCACCACUGCUGGCUCCAGGCGAAACUAGAGAACAAUGGCGAAAACGUGUCCUGGAUGCCAAAGUGCUGCUUGCGCUCGGGAUCGAACGACUUCCGCUCACACUGGAGCGGAGAAAGUUGGCGUAA